AUUUCGCUUUUCGCUAGUGAGUGUUGUUGUUGCUGUUGUCAAAUUUACAAUCAGAUUGCGGCCGGCGGAACGAAAGUGCCAAGAAAUCGGACAGUAUGGGGGCGGUUCUGGAGGGGCUGCGAUCGCUGGACGCGUACCCAAAGCCGGACGAAGAGCAGAGCGUCAAGACGGUCACCGGGGCCGUCGUGUCGGUUGUCAGCCACUUGAUCAUGCUGCUCCUACUUCUGUCCAACUUAAGCGAGUACCUGUCCGCCCCUGAGAUGGCCGAGGAGAUAUUUGUGGACGUAUCCCGAGGCUCAAAACUGAACAUCAACCUGGACCUCGUUGUUCCUGGAAUUUCCUGUCAAUUUCUCGGUCUCGAUGCCGUUGAUACAUCCGGUGAUCAGCAUUUACAAAUAACACAUAAUAUUUUUAAAAGAAGGCUUGACGCACUAGGCCAACCUAUUGAAGAGCCUCAAAAGACAGAAUCACUUGGAAGCUCAAAGGCUGACGAAUUCAAGAAAGCCCUUGAAAAACUGGCCGAAAAGAAAGAAGAAGUUGACGAGAAAGGGAAGUGUGGCAGUUGCUACGGUGCUGAAACGGAAGAACUCAAGUGUUGCAACACAUGCGCUGAGGUCAGGGAGGCUUACCGAAAUAAACAAUGGUCACUGCCCGAGCCGGAAAAUAUUGAACAGUGCAAAAAGGAAAACUUUUCUGAGCACUUAAAAAAUGCAUUUACAGAAGGCUGCCAAAUCUAUGGCUACCUCGAAGUCAACAGAGCUGGAGGAAGUUUUCAUGUGGCUCCAGGACAAAGUUUCUCAAUAAAUCAUGUCCAUGUUCACGACGUCCAGCCAUUCUCCUCUUCAAGUUUCAACAUGUCACACACCAUCCGGCACCUCUCUUUUGGCCAGAGUAUAAGAGGAAAGGAUGGUCCUCUCGAUAAUCACAAGGAAAUCGCUAGCGAAGGUUCAACAAUGUUUCAUUACUAUAUAAAAAUUGUGCCCACAACAUACAGCAAUCUAGAUGGCCAAGUUUUCCACACAAACCAGUAUUCUGUAACGAAGCACAAAAAGGUUGUCUCGCACAGUAUGCUUGAGUCGUCGGGAAUGCCAGGCAUUUUCUUUAGCUACGAGCUGUCGCCCAUGAUGGUUCGUUACUCCGAAACCAAAAGGUCACUAGGCCACUUUCUUACAAAUGUUUGCGCCUCAAUUGGUGGCAUUUACACUGUGGCGAGCAUUGUGGACGCAAUCAUCUUCCGUCUCAGCCAGAGAGCCACCAAGUUCCAGUUGGGCAGAGUCAACUGAUCUGAUUUUGUGAUCAGGCCCUUUAUUUAAAAUGGACCUCAAUUUUUGUUCAGUCACUUUGUGUUAUUGAUUGUAAAACGAUUUUAUUAAACUGCUCUGACGAGAGA